AUGGGCGUCCUUGCUACUAGGAGCCGCAGGUUUGAGUACCGCACAGCUGAAAUCAACGGCGUCACAUACAACUACAUCUUUGCAGAGCCGAAAUGUCGCGAGGUAGUCGGCACGAUCUUCCUCAUCCAUGGAUGGCCUGAUAUGUCGCUCGGAUGGCGCAACCAGAUUCCCUACCUGCUCUCCAAGGGUCUGCGAGUUAUCGCCCCGGACAUGAUGGGAUAUGGAGGCACCGAUGCCCCUGAAGACGUCAACUUCUACACAUUCAAACGCGCCUCAGAUGAUAUCGCCGCGCUCGCAAGCCACCUUGGCUUGUCGCGCAUCAUCCUCGGCGGACAUGAUUGGGGAGGUGCCGUCGUCUACCGCGCGGCUCUCUGGCACCCGGAGCUUGUUUCCGCUUUCUUCGUUAUCAGCACCCCCUUCGCAGCUCCUCGCAUCACCUACGUCGACCAAGCCACCGCGUUGCCGACUCUCCACUACCAGCUUCAAUUCCGAACCGACGCCAUCCAGAACUACAUCGGACCCGGCAACGCGCAGAACGCCACGCGCGUGCGACAGAUCCUGAACACCAUCUAUGGCCAGACCCUGCCGAACGGAGCGUCACCUUUCAACUCUAGCGGAAGCGGAUUGGACCUCGAACGUCUCGACGGAGUAACGGAAGAUACCCCGUUGUUGAGCACGGCGGAGUUGGACUACUACGUUGAAAACUACGUUAGCGACCCUUUCAACAGGACAUUGAACUGGUACCGCACCGGGGAGCUCAACUGGAAGGACGAGCUGGCACUUGUGCCUGGCAACGCUUCAUACACCGCCAAGUACUCGCAGCCUGCUCUUUACAUUGGCGGAUCACUGGACUCGGCACUGCCACCUGUCUUGUCGACUGGAAUGGAAACCUACUUUGACAGCUUGUCACGGGGUGAGGUUAAUGGCACCCACUGGGUGAUGUGGGAGAAACCCGAAGACGUCAACAGCUAUGUUGGCCGAGGUUACGGUAACAACAGCAACGUAUUUCGUGUCUACGCCUCGAUCAAGAGGGGCCAAUUUAAAGAUGACCAGGGGAACAAAGUUGAACAGGUCGCAGAAUACUUUCCCGGCAUUGGUACCGACAAGCUUCCCCUCAACAAAUACAAUGAUGGCAUCACCGGAAGUGGUUGUUACGAGCAAGUACAAGAGGUUUUCUCGUAUUGCUGCGAGCAAAUAACCUCAAAAGACGACGAAGUCUGGUUCUUCGGCUUCAGCCGUGGCGCUUAUGUGUGCAGAGUGGUUUCUGUGCUCCUCAACAGAUACACGCUCAAAGAGCCCCUCGAUACUAAAGACAGGUCGAAAUGGAAGACCAUCACCAGCAUGAUGGGGAAACGCAAGAAAGCGGUCAUCAACGGGCGCGAGUAUCGACUUGGCAAUGGACAUGAAUUCCGAUUCGCUCUAGAAAACACGCGACACCCUCCCAAGAUCAAAUUCAUGGGAUUGUUCGACACGGUGAAGGCGGUCAUGCCGGUUUUGAACAAGGACAUUGCCGACAUCUCCGACCUCGGGUUCAUUGAACAAAUUCGACAUGCUCUCGCGCUCAACGAAGAACGAAUGACUUUCCCUCUACUUCACAUUGAGCCCACUGAAAAUGGCGCAAAACAACACCAUUGCCUUGAGGCGUGGUUUGUAGGAGCUCAUAAUGACAUGGGCGGUGGCGCGGUGCAUGACGGGCUCUCGCUCUAUCCCUUACAGUGGAUGUUGAUCGAGAGCAGAGACCAGGGGUUAGUCCUGGAGCACAAUCCCCCCGAUCAUCUCAAGGGUAUCAUCGAGAACCCACUGGAGCUAGUCUUUCCGGAGCCGCCUAAACUCUCCGACCUUGACGCAAAGGUUCUCGAGGCCGAGGUGCCCGAUGAGAUUCUGAAGCCGCAACCGUGGACUUUCAGAUACUCCAACGGUGCUGACAUUACCAUGUACGAUCUACGUCAGUCACAUCAGCAUGGUAACCUGCAGGAGGUACCGCGCAGAAAGCUCAAGAAGAGAAACCUUGACCAGGUGGCUAUCGCAACACAUGUCAUAGAAAUCAAUCCAGGGUUUCACGGCCUGGCGUUUGGGGGUCGGCGUGUCUUCGAUGCAAAGCUUCGGGGCAGUCUCAGGGGAUACAGUACUGAUUCGCGAAACGGGAUCGUCAUCCACCCUUCUGUCUACUUCCUUGUAGACUGCUACCCGACACUAGGGAUCCCAAAGGCACUUGGUAACCUCAUGGGAAAUUUGGAAUCCUUCAGGGAUAGAUACAACUAUCUCUCUGACAGACUGGAAGCUAAACUGGAAUCCUUCGAUCCUUGGCGGCGCGACUUCAUGUUAUCCACAAGUUGUCGCAUUCUCAUAUGUGGUAAUACGGGUGUUGGAAAGUCUACUCUUCUGAAUCGUGUAUUUGGGAUUGAGAUGACGCAAGAGAAUUCGGACCAACGGGGCAAACACGACAUUGACGAGGGAUUUGAGUCUGAUCAACAUCCAGGGAUCAUCAUCCAUGACUCCGAGGGCUUCCAGACUGGAAAUAGCAAAGAAGUGUCGGCCUUCAAGAAGUUCCUCAAGGCGCGGUCUGGCAACAAGCUAGUCAGAGAAAACCUGCAUGCUAUUUGGCUCUGUAUUGACACUGACACCGACCGCCCCGUGCAGUCGGCUCUGGCAAACGUCUUGGAAGAGGUCAUAGAGAUUGCGCCUCUAACACCUGUCGUGAUUGUGGGGACCAAGAAAGACAAAUAUCUCCGGCUGAACGAAGAUGAGCAAAGCGAGGCCGAGUUAUUGGCUCAGAGGGAGGCCACGUUCAGGAAAAGGUUCGAGGUCGAACCUGACACAACACGGUUCUGGCCUGAACUAAGGGCCAAGUUUACUUUCGUCUCGCGAGAUGAUUCGGAAUCUAUCAAGGCCUUGAUCCACAUGACCAGAAGCUCAUUCCUCGACCCUGAGGUGUCUGAGGCUAUGUGUGCCGCACAAGUCCCAGAUGUUGAUGCCAAAGUCGACCAGGCCGUCGAAAAGACCUUGCGGUUUCUGAGAGCGACCUCUGCCGCGGCCGGUGCCGGCUUCGGGACCGGUCUCGUAUCGACAGCUACCACCCCAACGAUUGCCAGAAUUCUCUGCACUGAAAUAGCGCAUGGGUGCUUCGGUAUUCCCAAGGCAAACAUCGAGAAUAUCAACAUGAUGCUAGCUCGGAUCGUCUGGAAGAAUCUGGCCCCGUUCAUGGCGCAGGCCUUGAGCCAGACGCUGAUCAUCUGGGGCGGCGCGCUCUGUCUGACCUGUACGACCGUCGUGGGCGGGAUUCCUCUCGCACUGGGAGCGCCGCUUCUCGAGGCGCCCACGGCCGUGAGGAUGGUCCUCAAAUGUGCUUGCGAUUUGAUCCUGAUACUGGACCAAGCGUUCCGCGAAGGCGGCAAGUCUAUCAGUCGGGAGAGGAUUGAAAGGGUGGCUUUGACAUACAUGAAGAGCAAAAUCAGGAUCCAGAAAGACGGUGUUGAAGUUGAGCUUUCGCGGAAGAAGGUUGUCCACGCGAGGAUCGACGAGAUGGUACCUUGGAUAUCGAAGCAUGCCUACGAAGCCCAUUCGCGGAAGAGUCUCCCGAAAUAUCGCGAAGGCAUCAAGGACAUCCUGAACAAGUACACAUUCGGGUACGGCAAGGCUGCUGAUGCUGAGGUCGAAGUUGAAUUGGAUGAUGACGUCACGGUGGGAGUAAAUAGCAUCGAGGCGCUGUCUUUGGAUCUUUCGGAGGACGAGGAAGAUAUGAAGGAGUUCAAUGGCGAAGUCAAGUACAUGGAUGACAAGCUAUAA